UGCCAUUGGCCUUCUUGGCCACCUGGGCACACUGCUGGCUCAUGUUCAGCUUCCUAAUGGAACACUCCAUCUGAUGCCAGCUGAAGCUCCCCUCCCUACAAGGAAAACCUUUUCCAGGAACUCCAGAGCCUGGGAGAGGUGUCGUCUCUCUCAAACAAGUGCAGAUGCAGCAGCUGCAAGGAGCCGUUUCAUGGAGAGGAUCCAGACAACUUUUUGUUCACCAAUGCCAUCCCUCAGUCCUGCAGAGAUAGAGGAAGAAUUAAAGGUCCUUCAGGAUUUCCCCUCCCUUCUCAGUCAGUACAUGGAAGCUGAGUGUGCAGACCACCCCACUCUGCAAAGGGAGUAUGAAAGCCUUCUGACCUUGGAGGGUUUGCAAACCACAGUGUCCCAGUGCCUGCAUAAACUGCAGCUUCUGCAAGCAGCUGUGGAGUCCCAGAUGAGGCUGUGCCCAGACUGUGCUGGGGAUGUAGGGAGCUGUUCUCCAAGCUGUGUUCCUCCCAGGGGACAGAUGUGUGACAGUGCAGGCAUGCUGGCUGUGCCUCUCCUGUAUUACUCCAGUUUCCAGGAGCUAAGAGACCUCUUUGCUUUGAAGUUGGAAGUGUCAAUGCUGCACCAAGAAAUUGCCUUACAAAAGGUGAUGAUGACAGAAUUCCUGCCUGUCCUGGAGCCCAGGCUGUCCCAGGAGGUCCCAGCAGCUCAGCUGUACCGGGGGCUGCACACCCAGCUCUGCGGCAGAGGGAAACGCUUCCCCGUGCUGGUGAGAGAGGAGCUGACAGACUGAUGCACUGGGAAGCACCUACUUGCCAUUCACAUUACAGAGAUGGUUAUGAGCAAUAAAUAUUUU